UCGGAAUAGUAAUAAUAUGCGUAAAGCUAUUUCUUUUUCCGUGUUCUUAAAAUAUAUUUGUUUGGUGUUUACUUUGCUUACUUUACUUGCGACUGCCGACUGCCGUAGUGGCUGCACCAAACGCUAUUUUAUAAAUUGAAUUCAAGUUCGUAACUCUCAAUACGGUUUAUAGUCCUGUUUGUUUUUCUUUUGGAAACCAAACGCAACCGUCCAUCUCACGCAUCAUAUAUUGCGUUAUUUUUCUGAAACUCGUAAUUUGUUAUUAAAUAAUGGCCCAAAACGUUAACCCAAGACUCGAAGGUAGUUCGUCAAACUCUCCGAAACGGAGUGAAGAUAUGAAUGACAGAAUUGAAUCGAAUAAAGUCGUCCAAAGAUUGCAAAAAGAAUUAAUGAGUUUGAUGAUGUCAUGUGAUGAAUCAGUGUCAGCUUUUCCAGAUGGUGAUAAUCUCUUCAGAUGGGUUGCUACAAUAGUUGGACCUAAAGAUACUGUGUAUGAAAAUUUAAAAUACAAAUUAAGUAUGGAAUUUCCACGUGGCUAUCCAUAUAAACCACCAACUGUUACUUUCUUAACUCCUUGUUUUCAUCCUAAUGUGGACUUUCCAAGUGGUGCCAUAUGCUUGGAUAUUUUAAAAGAAAAAUGGUCUGCUAUGUAUGAUGUCAAAGCAAUACUUAUAUCAUUACAGUCUCUUCUUGGAGAGCCAAAUAAUGAAAGUCCUUUAAACGUUAAAGCAGCACAAUUAUGGCCGAGACAAGAAGUUUUUAAAGCAACAUUAUUAAGUACAUACAAAGAGUCUGAAUCAACCUUAUAGAUUGUGUAAUAGUGUACUAAUUUCAACGACUACAUUGUUUAUUGUUCAACUUAUUAUUUUUAAUUUUCCUUUAGUAUGCAGUCAUCUAGGAUUAUUACUAUAAACUACUUUAACCAGACGUCAGAGAAAUAUAAUUAUUUUCUGUAGUAUAUUAUACAAUUUUUUUAAUUUUUCGUAUUAUAUUACACUUUGGUUUACAUGAAAAUAUGUACUUAUUACUUAUCCUUUUUCUUACUAUUAGAUGUUAAAUCAUAUACCAGCUUAUUUAGGUGUGAAUCAAAGCUAUUUUAAAU